UAUAAAACCACCCUUGUUCCUCUCUAUUUUCAUCCCGAACAAAAUCUCUCUUUCUUGUGUUUUCUCUUCCGGCCAGUUUCUAGACAAAAUUUCUCCCUGGUCCCCAGUAUGGAGGCAAUGAGGACACGAACCCUAGAAGUGAGGGUCAUAUCUGGUGAGAACCUCUGCAUUGAUCGGGCUCCGGUGACGGAGAAUGUGAGCGUGACGGUUCGGGCGGAGUCAUUGAAGUGCUGGAGCACGAAAAUGGCGAGGCAAGAGGCGGAGAGCUCGAGCACUUUGUGGAACGAGAAGUUGAUGAUGGAGGUGCCAUUGCAUGCACAGUCUAUUACAUUCGAAGUUCAGUGCAAGACGACGAGAGGCACGGUUCGAUCUAUCGGGUUGGCAAGGAUAGGGAUUUGGGAUUUGAUACCGAGAGAAGAUCAGGAAUGUUUGGAGAUGCAGAGUUACAGGCUGAGGAAUUGGGAAGGAAGGAGAAGUGGGGUCAUCAAUUUCUCAGUGAAAGAAGUGAAGGAGGAGGGCGAGACAGCAGGGAAAGAAAAAGACUCGAUGAUCGGAGUUGGUCGUCAUCAAGACGUGAACAAUCAUAGUAAUGGCUACGUAAUGGGGAUUCCUGUUUGGUGGAACCAUGUUGGCGUUCACGUUUGAAGAAUAUCAUAAUUUAAUUUAUGUUCUUUAAGUGAUUGAUUUCGAGUUCCUCUGAGUGCUGUGUGGGAGUUUCUAGUUGAAAUAACCAUGCUAUUGAAGCUAAUUAACGUCGUGCCUUUACUAUUUCUGAUUUUGUGGUAAGAUUCGGUGUCUCUGCACGUCUGAAUGAAUCUUACGAAAUUGGUGUGUAUCUGGCGUGAAUAUGUAAAAUUCAAUUCAUUCGUUGAGAUCAAAUAUGAUUUUUUUUUUAA